AUGCCAUCCGAUGCUGAUGCCGAUGUCCAGUCUUCGCAGCAGCCCCCUUGCAGCCAGAGUGGUGGAGACAUCGGCAAACGAGUGCAUCGGAAGAUUGAUUCGAACGGCGCCUACCUGCCUUUUCCGGGCAUCACCGUUGUGUGCAAUGCACGCGCGAGUGCGCACGCGGUUCUUGCCAGCUUGCCGGGCAUUGUGCGUGCGCAGCCAGACUUGGGCCGGCUAAUGUCUCCACUCCCACCGGAAAGCUACCAUGUGACUCUUCUCGAUGUGUGCUGCCAGUACAAGCUGGGCCUAGAUGAUAACGCCUGGCAGUCGUUCUGUGCUGGACCGCAGUGGAAAGAAGCAAGUUCGCAAGCUGCUCUAGCUGACUUUGUUCCACGGCUGAAAGUUGCCCAUGUUGAGUUGGGACACGGUUGUUUGGCUGUGGUGCUGCAGCCAGCGGAUCCAGACACACCAUCGCAUCCCAACCAGGUGCCUCUGGGCUGCCAACUCGCCAAGCUGCUGAACGCGAAGCUUCAGAAGCAUCCUUGGCACAUGACCUUGGCAUACUGCCCUCAGCCCGACCUCCUGGCUUCUGUGGACGCGUCUGCGAUGGAGAGCCAGCGUCUUGCCAUUGAGGAAGAGUUGAAGAAAGCCUUUCCCGACGAGAUCCCUUUUGGAAAGGCCGAAGUCUGUCGCUUUGCAGAUAUGACAGCCUUCGUGCCAUGGGACGGCGUGAGUCUUUGA